UUUGUUGCCAUGGGAGUGACGUCAAAGUGUGUCGGGGACAGGGAGCCGGAGACACGGAAAAGGUCAAACUAAAGGCGAGGUGGGAGACGCGGCCGCUAGCGGCCCGAGCCGAGCCGGGCUAGAGAGCUCGGUGAGGCCCGCAGGCCGAGCGAGAGAAGUGAUUGCAAGAAGGGUCCGCGAGCAGGCCGGGGUCGGACGAGGCAGUCCUGGUGAGGAAGCUUCCGAGCUCCCCCGAAGGAGCUAGCCGCCCCCCGCCGUCCUCCCCUCACAGAUUGCUGCUUGGAGGCACGCUUGGGAGUGAUGAAGGUCAAGAUGCUUUGUGGGACUCAUCUGUACUGUCCACAUACCAGCAGGUGGAGCAUUGAUUGGAGGCUCUUCUAAAUCUUAAAGAUGCCUUUGCAAACAGAACUCAUUUCCUACAGACAGCUUUGUCAUCUUGGACCAGAAAUACUGGUGACCUUGAAAGACAAAAGACAGACUAUGGGCCCAGAUUGGAAGACUCUUCAGGAAAAUAUGGAGACAUGUCUUGUAGAGUGUGAAUGCAAGGUGCUGUACCAUAAAGGCUGAAGCUGGCAUGAGGCAGGAUGGUUUUGAAUAACAGCAGCAAAUUUAAAUUCAUCAGGGAUCUUCAUGUGUAAACUUUGUAACUUAUUUUCACCAAAUCAGUCCGAAUUGUUGUCACAUGUUUCUGAGAAGCAUACAGAAGAAGGGAGAAAUGUGGAUGACAUCAUUAUUCCUCUCCAGCCUCUAACAGUACCCACAAGCAUAAACAAAGAUGGAGAAGACCUUCUUGUAGUGAAGAAAAAAAGGGGCAGACCAAGAGGGUCUACUAAGAAGUUUUGUGUGGAUGAAGAUGUGGCAGAAAACAACCCUGUUCCAAGUGAAGAAACACCACCUGGGACAGAAGAAGGACCAGAACUGUCUGAAGUCUCACCAGGCAGCUUGGAAUGUAGGAAAUGCAGUCGGAAGUUCUCCAACACACGUCAGCUGAGGAAACAUAUCUGCAUAAUUGUUUUAAAUGAAGGAGAGGAAGAAGGAGAUGGAGGUAAUGAUUCUGACGUUGACCUUGACAGGAAGGAAGAUGAACGAGAAAGAACUCCAAAGAGGCCCCGAGUUCAGAAAAUAGAGAAAACUCCAUUAACUAAGGAGAAUGAACAGGUUUUGGGAGCUAAAAAUCCUAUUAUAAGUGUGGUUUUGACAGCUCAUGAAGCUAUUCCAGGAGCCACAAAAAUUAUUCCCGUUGAGGGUGCUCCACAGGAAAGUGAGCCUACAGUUCCAGAGGCAACAGUUCAAGACCCAUCACAACGAAAAGGAUAUCAAGAAUAUGCCAUUCAGCAAACCCUAUAUGAACAGGCAAUGAAAUCAAGCAGGUUGGGUCCAACUCAGCUGAAGAUUUUUACAUGUGAAUACUGUAACAAGGUGUUCAAAUUUAAACACUCUCUCCAGGCACAUUUGAGAAUUCAUACCAAUGAAAAACCUUACAAGUGUUCAUACUGCAGUUAUGCCAGUGCAAUCAAAGCCAACCUUAAUGUUCACAUGCGGAAACACACCGGAGAAAAGUUUAGCUGCGAUUAUUGUACAUUCACUUGUCUCAGCAAAGGUCAUCUCAAAGUUCAUAUUGAAAGAGUUCAUAAGAAAAUUAAGCAACACUGUCGCUUCUGCAAAAAGAAAUACUCUGAUGUUAAAAAUUUGAUCAAGCAUAUCAAGGAAACACAUGACCUUCAAGAUAAAAAGGUCAAAGAUGUUUUUGAUGAGCUUCGCUUGAUGACGCGAGAGGGCAAAAGGCAACUUCUUUAUGACUGCCACAUUUGUGAACGCAAAUUCAAAAAUGAACUCGACCGAGAUCGUCACAUGCUUGUCCAUGGUGAUGAAAGGCCUUUUGCUUGUGAGCUCUGUGGUCAUGGAGCCACUAAAUACCAAGCCCUUGAGCUUCAUGUUCGAAAGCAUCCAUUUGUAUAUGUGUGUUCUGUGUGCCUAAAGAAAUUUGUCAGUUCUAUAAGGCUCCGUGCUCACAUCAAAGAUGCGCAUGCAGAUUUGCAAGAAAAUUCUGUUUACAAUGAUUCCAUCAAUCAGAGUUUCUGCCUGCUGGAGCCAGGAGGUGAUAUCCAGCCAGAAGCCCUUGGUGAACAGCUAACACAAAGUGCAGAUGAAUUGAUUGUCAUGAGUACUGAUGCUGUUAACGUAGCACAACCAUCUGAAAGUAAAGGGGAAUCGACAGCUGCAGAUGUAAACUGUAACGAUCAACAUAAUGGUGACUCAAAAACUGUUACUGGAGUCUCUUCGUUAGAGGUAGAAAAUCCUCUGGUGGGGAAUGGAACGGAGACGUGCCAGGCAGCAAAUGGAGCAGUCUUAAACUCUCAGUCCUGUGUAGCACCAGACGGCGUUCUGCUGAAGGAUAGUACUUCUGGUCCUGAUGAGUUAAACGUUUCUCCUGCAAAUGAAGAGGAAGUUAAUCAGUGCAGUUCCAUAAAUGGGGAGGGUGAAGAAACUCGUAUUUUGCCGUCUGAAGUUGAAAGUUUAAAUCCGAGUGAGAAUAAUGCAGUGACUGAAAACCUUUCGGUCUCUGAAGAGAGAAAUCAAUCUGCUCCAUGUAGUGAAUCAGAAACAAGCAAUCUGCCAAUUCAAAAUUUAGCAGAAACCACAAACCCUUUGCCAUCACCAGAAGUUAAUGCAGCUGCCAGUCCACAGGCAGCCUCUUCUAAUGCAGUUACGCCAGAUAGUGGGAGUGGAGCUGUUGCCUUUAUGCAGAUCUUGGAUAGCUUACAGAAGAGGCAAAUGAAUACAGAGUUGUGUGAAAAAAUAAGGAAAGUUUAUGGAGACUUAGAAUGUGAAUAUUGUGGCAAGUUGUUCUGGUACCAAGUACAUUAUGACAUGCAUGUUCGUACACAUACUCGAGAACAUUUAUAUUACUGCUCCCAGUGCAAUUAUUCUUCCAUCACCAAAAACUGUCUAAAGCGUCAUGUCAUUCAGAAACACAGCAGUAUUUUGCUGAAGUGUCCCACAGAACAUUGUGACUACUCUACUCCAGAUAAAUACAAGCUCCAGGCUCAUCUUAAAGUUCACACAGAACUGGAUAAAAAGACAUAUUCCUGUCCUGUGUGUGAGAAGUCAUUUUCUGAAGAUCGACUUAUAAAGUCUCACAUCAAGACAAAUCACCCUGACGUUUCAAUGACUACUAUUUCUGAGAUUCUUGGCAGAAGAGUUCAGCUUAAAGGCCUUAUUGGAAAACGAGCUGUGAAAUGUCCCUAUUGCGAUUUUUAUUUUAUGAAGAAUGGAUCAGACCUUCAACGUCACAUUUGGGCUCAUGAAGGUGUCAAACCCUUCAAAUGUUCUCUCUGUGAGUAUGCCACUCGUAGCAAGAGUAACUUGAAAGCCCAUAUGAAUCGUCACAGCACUGAGAAGACACACCUUUGUGAUAUGUGUGGGAAGAAGUUCAAAUCAAAAGGCACAUUGAAGAGCCAUAAAGUCCUUCAUACUGCUAAUGGAAAGCAGUUUAAAUGUACAGUAUGUGACUAUACAGCUGCCCAAAAACCACAGCUCCUAAGGCAUAUGGAGCAACACGUCUCUUUCAAGCCUUUCCGUUGUGCACACUGCCACUAUUCUUGCAACAUAUCAGGCUCCCUGAAGAGGCAUUACAACAGAAAGCAUCCUCACGAAGAAUAUGUAAACAUAGGUUCUGGAGAGCCUGCAGCAGAAGCCCUUAUCCAACAAGGUGGCAUUAAGUGUCCUGUUUGCAGCUUUGUGUACGGUACAAAAUGGGAGUUCAACAGACAUCUUAAAAACAAGCAUGGAAUGAAGCUAGUGGAACAUGAUGGGGAGACCAAGUGGGAGUUAACUGCUGAAGUUUCAGAAGAAGCAUCCACUCAGUAUCUCCAUAUCACAGAGGCUGGAGAAGAUGUUCAAGGAACUCAAGCUGCUGUAGCUGCAUUACAGAAUCUUCGCUAUACUUCUGAGAAUGGUGAAAGACUUGAUCCAACAGCUGUAAACAUCCUGCAGCAAAUCAUUGAGUUGGGUUCGGAAACCCAUGAUGCCACUGCAGUUGCUUCUGUAGUUACCAUGGCACCUGGCACUGUGACAGUGGUGAAGCAGGUAAAAGAGGAGGAGCAAUCAGCCAAUCACACUCUGAUGAUUCAAGAGACCCUGCAGCAGGCUUCAGUGGAGCUGUCUGAACAGCAUCACUUGGUAGUCUCAUCAGAUGAAGUUGAGGGAAUUGAGACAGUGACUGUGUAUACACAGGGUGGAGAUGCUUCAGAAUUCAUAGUUUAUGUUCAAGAAGCUGUCCAACCUGCAGAAGAACAAACUGUGGAACAAUCGGUGCAGGAGCUCUAGGGAAGUGUGUUCAGAGGAGAUGAUUAUUUCAUUUGCCAAAGCUUUGAGGCUUUUCCCUAAGCAAAAGCAAGAUGACAAAUUUUCAGUUAAUUUGUGAAAUGAGUCCUUGUUUAGUAGGUAGUGAUCUGACUGGUUAGAUUGUGUCAGUGACUUGGACAUAUUAUAUAUGCAGCUUCCUGACUUUUUAAAGCAAAAUACUACUUUCUGAGGAAAAAAUAGAAGAUGUCUCACUUGAUUCCUGUGAAUCCCCACAAAUAUUGUCUCUUCAAAAUCAUGUUAUCCCGCAAUAAUAAAAGGUCUAUAAAGGUAUCUUGAAUGCCUAGAAAAGUCCAUACACCCCAUUGUACACAUAUUUCAUGUGUGCUUGACUUGACUGGAAGGAGAGUUGGGGUUUGUUUAAAUUGGGUCUUCUUAUUCCUGAGUACAUGCUUAGGAUGUGUUUGACAAGUUAUGGAUUUAAUCCAAACACAAGCUCAAGACUUCAAUAAGAAGCACACCACAGAUGAGUUGUAGCUUGGACUAGUGAAAAGAUCCUUUGAAUUUAGGAGGUAUUUAAAGCCAUAUAUGAUAAUUUUGAGUACCAGUAGGUUGAUUGUUGUUUAGAUAAUUGAAUAAUGGUAACUUUCCAUCCCACUGGAUAAAUACCUUUUCGGUACCAUAUGAUGGAAGCAAAUCUCAAAAUAAUGAAAUAUUCUUUUGUUUUUUUCAGAAAAAAUAUUAAAAUGAUUUGUAAAUAGUAUAAAAGAUGUAUGUUUGUAUGUUUUAAACAUGUGCUUGUAAAUAUGAUUCUGUGAAAGAACUUGUACAAAAAAUUAAGUAAAUAUUGACAAGAAUCCAGAUAAUUAUGUGUGUAUAUAGUUCCAGAGUUUUCUUCAUGAAUCUUGAAUUGUUUCUGAUUUAGUAUUUUUCAAUUUGAGCUAUAAAAGUUAUUAAUAAUAACAAAGCUGUCAUGUUUUCUUCUGAUGUUCUCAUUUCUGAAGUGUUGGCUUGCCUUUCACAGCUAAGUAAAAAAUGCUGGGCUA